AGUCGACAUCAUUGGUGGUCUAACAUAGAUGCGAACUGCUGAAGCUCGGCAUAGAACGAGAAUUUGAUGAGAGAGGCGUGCUCACAGUUGCAUCCAUGACGGACGACUGGGCCGGUGCGAUGGGCUUCUUCGUGGGGAUGCUAGCACGGCUGAUCUGCGAGAUCCCCGGCGGCGGGGCCCGGAGGUUGGGGCCUGCUGCUCGUGGCGGCGCAUGCUGGCUGGAAGACGCGAGGCGUGCUGGGGUGGCGACGGGUAUGAUUUAAGCGAGACACCAGUCGAGAAACACAAAGUAACAUUGGCGGCACGGCGAUAGUUACAUCAAAGAUCUCCUUCUGAGCUCCAUGCAAGGAUAGUUAAAAAAAAUGAAACAUUUUCUCUUGCGAAUAAAUACUAAUAAAAUAAUACACACCCAUUCACUGCCUCAGGGGGGCCACCGCUCAGCUAUACUGCGGCCUCUCAAGCUCCUGUGCCGGCUUCCUCUGCUCCACUCCACUGCCAUCCGCCGUGACAAGAAAGCAGAGCAGCUGCGGCGCCGGCCGGCCAGCUCCGUCUCCGCGAUUCCUUCCAUGGACGGCCGGGCGGCGGCGAUGGUGCCGCGGGUGGAGGUGCUCGCCGCCGGCCGCGCGCGGCUGGAGGCCGUGAACGCGCUGCAGCACGAGUCCUGGGAGGCCCGCGACGUUCUCCUCCAGUGCCGCCUCCUCAAGGCGGAUGAGAGCAGGAGGAUGUGGGAGGCCAACUGCAUGCCCUCCGGCGAUGACCACCGGAUGUUCGCCGAACCCCUAAAGAGUGAAAAUGAGGAUUUAAAAGAUUUUAUACAAUUCUUGGAGCUGGAGAACGAGGAGCUUAAGAUAAGAGUGAAGGAAGUUGAAGGUGGCGCAGGGCACUGCCUAAACGCCGCAGGCCAUGAGCACAUUGCAGGAGAUCUAGAAGCAGCGCUAAGACGAUUGAACCAAGCUCAUGAGGCACUGAUUGCAGAGAAGGAUGAGGAAUUUUCUGCACUGAUUGCAGAAAAGGAUAAGGAAAUUUCAGCACUGGUUGCAGAGAAGGAUAAGGAAUUUUCUGCACUGAUUGCAGAAAAGGACCUCACGCGAGAGCAGUUUACGACACUGGAGCGGGACUAUGCUGACCUUCGUAGCUACAGCAGUAAACAGGCAGCACAAGUUACUGAAGCAAAGCAAAAGCUUGAGCAGCUGCAAGUGGCAUCCCAAAAGAAGGAUGAUGAGAGUCGCAAACCGCGAGCACGAGCAACAGCAGUUGAAGCCAAAAGGAAGGUGCUUCCUGAGGAUAAGCGACAGGAGAUGACCUGUAUGCCCAAGGAGACAGAUGGGCAAAUUCAAAAAUGCAAAGAUGGGCAGCCUGAGACUAGUGAAAAGUGCAACAAGGAUACGAGUGAGACACACACAAAAAAUUGUUCACAAGGCCCUGCUUUAAGGGGGGAAGAAAUGAAAUUUUGUUCUUCUAAGCAAAUGCUAGCAAAAGAUGGGCAACCUCAGACUAGCCUGAAGCGCAAGUGCGUCACUUCCUCCUUACCAGAUGAUAAUGAGCAGAAUGCAAAUGAUGAGGAAAAGAGUAAUCAGGUUCUAGAGCCUCUCAAGAAGAAGAGGGUACCAGAGAAAGGGGAAGUGGAGCAAGAUGACAGUAAGGUCAAACUCGCCAACGGUGAAAGCAAUCGGCCUGCCCAGCAGUCGAUGAGCGACGUGCUCCUCAACAUCCGUGCCGUGAAGGAUAGUUUGAGGGACAAACCUGGCAAGUUUGAGGAGUCGAUGAUAAACGCCGCGAUCCUCUACGUCCAUGCCGUGAAGGAUAGUUUCAGGGACAAACCUGACAAGUUUGGGGAGUUCUUGGCGCUCCUGCGCGGAGUCUAUAGCAAGAGGAUCGAUGCUCGAGCCUUCGCCAGCGCCUUGAAGGUCCUGUUCGACGGGCGCCCUGAACUCAUCCUUCAGUUCAAUGCGUUCAUGACAUCGUAGUUCAAUACCAGACCGAGCUCAGGAAAGACGACAGGGCUGGUUUGGUUUAAUGAAAUGUGGCCAUCGAUCCCGGCUAGCUAGGAGCAGAUGAACUGAUAACUGCUGCCACUUUUUUGUAGACUGAUGAAGUUCCAGUGCUCCAUUUUGCUGGUCUUGCCGUGUGUGAAUUGGUUUCUGGAAGCUGAAGAAGUAACGUGUAAAUUAUCUAUUAGGACUCUCUGCCUAUUUUUCCCUGUUUUUUUUUAACAUAAAAAUGAGGCUGCUUUUGAAGUGUUGGUGCCUGGCUAGGCACCGGUGCCGGAUGGCUCGGAAGGGGAAAAGCAGGACAUGGAGUAGGCAACAGAGCAGGUAUUUUGGCGGUUUUAUUUGAUGCACCACUGUACUGUAUAUUUCUUUCUUUCUUUCAGAGGCCAUAUAGUAUAGGCCACAGAAAAAAAAAGAAGAAAAGAUGGCAUAGGAUUAGCAUCUAUCAAACGUAUAAUGCAGUCGGUGAGUUACUUAACAAGUGGACCUGAGCAAGGCCUAGGCCUAAGUAAAACCCGGCGAUGAAUUGAAAUUUGUAGUUGUUAUUUUGGAGGGGCUGGACACUUGGUUCUUCAUGGUUGCGGCGCCCGCAAAAUGGUAAAAAGGAACUCAUGAAAAUCUCAGAUUCUUGCCUAGUUGAGCAGUGAAUCACAUGAUCAGUUAAUGUACACAAAACAUAUCAUGGUACAUAACCGAUUUCUUGCAUUGUUACUCAAGCAUUAAACAUAGUAUGGUCGCGUGUGUCAAUAUGACCGACUCAGAAAAACUAUGGGAAAAUUCUCUUCUGCCAGCCCACUGUUCUGGUAUGGCUGAGCAUGACUUCAUUUUGCUGAGCUUCCGUAAUUCUUUUCAUUAGUGUUUUCUGAUGAUCGUUUCGACUAGUUCCAUCUGGUGAUCGCCAGCAUUGUAAUAUGGGUCUUCAAUUUUUUUUAGCAAGAGGCUCGUGUCACGUUCCAAUUUUUUUUAAAGGAAACGAAAGUAUUGUACUCCCUCUGUAAAGAAA